AGACUGGCUGUGGCCGAAAACACACGCUGGCGAGCAGCUUUUCUUCCUCCCCUCUCCCUUCCAGUUCACAUCCAGACCUCCCGGGCUCUCAUGGUGAUUUCUCUCCUCCUGGGCUUCUUCGGCAUCAUCGUGAGCGUGGUGGGCAUGAAAUGCACCAAAGUUGGUGAAGAGGAUCCUGUUACCAAGAGCCGCAUCGCUGUGGCUGGAGGUGUCCUCUUUGUCCUCUCUGGUCUGUGCACAUUGGCUGCUGUGUCCUUGUACGCAACGCAGGUGACCUACGAGUUCUUCAGAGAGAGCACCGUCCCCAUCAACGCCAGGUACGAAUUCGGCUCAGCUGAGCGGCGAGGACAGCAGUACUACCGGCAGUCGCAGCCUUCGACGGCUCGGGAGUACGUCUGA